AUGUAUAGAAGACAAGAUUACACCUAUCAGAUGGCCCAAAUGGCCAACAACAACAAUAAUAAUACCAUAGGGACCAAACCAGACAGUAAUAACAAAGGUAACCUUUCAGCCCAUGAAAAUGGUCAAAAUAAUGGUGCGCCCAAAAAUGAUAACAGAAGAAAGACAGCAACUACGACCCAUUUAAAAUUAGAAGAAGACCCUCAAUUUUUUGGGGAUUUAUUGAUGAACUCCGGUGUAUUGAAUGAUAAUGGAGGAAAAAUGGUCUCUCAUAUGGAUUUAAGUGAGUUACCAGGUCAGAAUUCAAACGUAAAUACAAAUUCUAAUGGAACUCCUAUUAUCAAUAAUAAUAUAACACCUAACGCGACAAAUAACAACAAUACGAGAAGUAGUAUUGAAAAUAAUAAUUAUGUUGAUAUGAAGAGUGAACCACAAUCAAAUCAACUGUCUUCAACCACGAAUAAUAACGCUGCUCCAACGAAUAAAGCCAUCCCUCUGCCAACGAAUCCUUCAGAUGGAAAUAAUUUCAAUAGUAACAACAAUAACAUCACUUCUGCAAAUAAGCAGCUAUAUCUGAUGGGAAUGAAUAACAAUCCGCAUGUCAUUAAUGACCCAACAAUCCAAGAAACUUUAUCUCCAUACUUCCAACCAUUUGGGGUCGAUGUGGCUCAUUUGCCGAUGACAAAUCCUCCAAUUUUCCAGAGUUCUUUACCCUUGUUUGAUGAGCCCAUCCGCAGAAGACGUAUAUCCAUCUCUAAUGGUCAGAUUAGUCAAUUGGGAGAAGAUAUAGAAACUGUUGAAAGCUUGUAUAAUUCACAACCACCACCAAUGCCUCAGAGAUUUGAUCAUAAUAACCAGCACCAUCACACACAACAAAUAAAUAAUCACCGCAACAGUGAUGUAAUAAAUAUAAUUCCCCCAAUUUAUCAGGAGCCACCAUUACUCCCGAAUGGAAUGCCUCCACCAAAUCAAACCAUACAGAAUGGCAUGAACCCAAUGCCAAAUAUGAAUAAGAUGCUUCCUCCACAUCAACAGCAACAACAACAAUAUUUACACGAGUAUAAUAAUGGAGGUGCGGGCCCUGUAUCAAUGGGAGUACCAGGAAAGCAACAACAACAGCAGCGAUAUAUGCAACAACCAAUGCCAUCAACUGCAGGAUCACAAUCAAUGUCGCAAAGUAUUGUAAGUGCUAAUUCAGGUAGUAGUACCAAUAAUACACCACUACCAAGAAAUAGGAAUCAAUCAUCACAACCUCAACAAACUGGAGCUAAUAAUACUUAUUCAACGAUAAACGAUUCUUCUCCUAAGGAUAUGGAUUAUCAAUCACAACUUCAAUUACAACAAAGACUAAGAGAGCAACAGCAACAAGACUAUGAUGACGACUUUGAACAUAUGAGUCGUGAACAGGACGAUGAAAAUGAGCCUAUUCCAGGAACCAAUGCGUGGAAAAGAGCAAGAUUAUUAGAAAGAAAUAGAAUUGCCGCAUCCAAAUGUAGAAAGAGGAAGAAGAUUGCUCAGUUACAAUUACAAAAGGAUUUUGACAAGAUGUCCAAAGAGAAUUCCGUAUUGAAAAGAAAAUUGAACUAUUAUGAAAAACUAGUUACCAAAUUCAAAAAAUUUUCUGAAGCUCACCUUUCCAAAUGUAAUGAUUCUAACAAAGAGUCUUUAAAAAUAAUCGAAGAAAUAUUGAUGAUUGACUCAGGAGUUAAUAAAGUUGACGAUAAUACAGGGUUGGUUGUUACAUUGGACGAUAAAAGUAAUUAG